AUGGAUGCGGCCAGUCAGAUGAAGCCUGAAGCUUGGACGAUAUCCUCGAAUGAGGCAUUGAAGCUGUCUCUGGUCGAUGAUAAGGGCGCUUUACAAUUUUCACCUGUUUUUACUUACCCCAUAUUUGGCGAUUCAGAACAAGUAUUUGGAUACCAGGAUCUCCAGAUGUUCCUGGCAUUCGACUCAGUGACUUUCAAACCUUUCACAAAUGUGAAGUAUGGUGCUAAGUUGCUGGAUAAUGUCGACGAUGUGCAGGACAAAUUACUGCAAUUUCUCCCCAAAGACGUGAUUGUCAAAGACGAAGGAAGAUGGGUUGAUACAUUCAGUAAAGAGCGCGAGACCUUCACCUUACCAGAUGAUAGAAAUAAAAUUAAUUGCUACGAAAAGGAGGGCGAGCAAUUCGGCAUUUUCAAAGUUAACCUACAAGAUCCAAAAAUAAGAACCCUGCAUGACAGAAUGCAAAUAUUUGCUUUACUACUGAUAGAGUCUGCAUCUUUUAUAGAUGCAGAUGAUGAUGGAUGGGAAUUAUUUCUGUCUUUCAACUUGCGGACUAGACAAUGUGUCGGCUAUUGUACGACUUAUCAAUACUGGAAGUACAGAGGUUCUAAGAGCUUUGAUGAAGAUCCCAAAAUUUACACUACCGCUAAGAUUUCCCAGUUUCUGGUCUUUCCUCCAUAUCAAGGGAAGGGACAUGGGGCAUGCAUUUACGACGCUAUAUGUAAUAGCUGGCUUCAAAACUCCAGUGUUCUUGAAAUGACAGUUGAAGAUCCAAACGAAAGUUUUGAUGCCCUCAGAGACCGCUGCGAUUUCCGUAGGCUUUAUGCCGACGACUUUGGGAACCAGAUUCCCGAUGAAUUGCCUAUUAGUCAAAACUGGAUAGAUUCAAAAAAGGUUGAGCUGAAGCUAGAAAAAAGACAAUUCAUGCGAUUGACUGAAAUGUUUUUGAAGCACAACUUGUCUAACAACUUUCGUUUACAAGUGAAGGGGAGGCUGUACGAAAAAAACUUUGAGCUUUUAAGAGACCUUGACAAAGCAACUAGGAAUGACAAGCUUGAGUCGGCCUUCCGUUCUGUCACCAAGGAGUACGAAGAAGUGAUUUCAAGCGUCACUAAGAAAAAGAGAUCACUGUCCAAUUUCGAAAUUACCAAUAAAAAGAUCAAACUAAAUAAAUAA